CUGGCCAGUGAGGUUGUGGGAUAUUUUUCGGUCGGGAUUGCUGCGAUUGGCUCGAAAUGGGAGUGCCAGAUCAGUAGGCUCUUUUUAUCAGGCGACGGGGAAAGUGGGGCAAUAGUGUAGUCGGCUGGGUUUUUCUAUAGUCGUCGUUUGAAUAAACUCACUCAUCAUCGAGGAGUGGAUCACUCCAUCUAAACAACAGGGCAAGAUGGUCGAUAAGCGUCGCGUGAGAAGGGCCAUCAGCCUGGCUUCCUACCCCCUUAUCCGGGAAUUUCUUGGAGAGCUGGCCGGGACCUUCGUUCUAGUGUUAUGCAUUAUCGGAACGAAGGCACAAACGGUGUUGACCAACGGGAAACUGGCAGAAUUCAUGGCCGGCAGAUUUGGCGAUGGAUUCGGUGUCAUGGCCGGUGUUUGGGUUGCAGGCGGUGUUUCAGGUGCCCAUCUGAACCCAGCAAUGUCGUUCGGUCUGGCCUGUGUUGGAAGACUUGAAUGGCGAAAGUUACCAGUCUAUUGGGCUGCUCAGUAUAUCGGCGCUUUUGCAGCUGCUUCUUGCGUCUUCGCAGUUUACCUCGAGGCGAUUUAUUAUCAAACUGGGGGCCAAUUUGUGAUGACAGAAGAUGAUCCAGGAUUCGCUGCCAUUUUCGCUCCUUAUCCUUCUGCCUACCUCUCAACAGCAGGAGCCAUUGUCGAUUCGAUAGUAGGAUCGGCCCUGUUGUUGCUGUGUGCCUGCGCUAUAGUCGAUCGACUAAAUUGCAAAGUUCCACUUUCUGUCUUUGCCUUAUACAUGGGAUUUCUCAUCAUGGGAUUGGGCAUCAGUUUCAGUAUGAACUGCGGUGUGCCCGUCAAUCCGGCUCGAGAUUUAUCUCCAAGACUGUUCACUUACUUAGUCGGAUGGGGUCCACAAGUAUUUAGCUACGACAAUUGGAUGUGGUUCUGGAUCCCUCUUGUGAUUCCGCACUUCGGUGCAACCCUUGGAGCCUUCAUUUACAUCAUUUUUAUCGAAGCUCACUGGCCGGAAUGAAUGCACUGAUAUCACCAUCGAAUUUUUAUGUUAAUGUAAUACAGUAUGUGUUCUGAGUGUGUUUGAUUUACGUGCAAGCAUUCCAGAGCAUUAACAAAUGCGCAUUGUGCAGAACAAACAGAACUUGUAUCCUUUUUACGCAAUAAAAGAAUUUCUAAGUCAAA